ACCCCCCUCCUUCGAUCAACCCCUUCUAUCUCCAUCCCGUUCCCAAUUUCUCCUCUUUUUCUCUUUCUCUGUCUCUCUCUGGGGACCGGAUCCUCCUAGGGUUUGGUCUCUUCCUACGGAGAGAUUUUUUUCUUUUCAGAUUAUGGUUGUUUAAAUUUAAUUCUUCUAUUUGGCGAUCGGAGGUUUCGGUUAUUCCACGAAAAAUCGGAAUUUUUUUUUUUUGGGGAGGGGGGGGGUGGUUUCUUGUUGAGACCUUAGAAAUUUUGGAUUUUUUUAAACUUUUAUUUUUAUAAAGGGGAUUUGAUCUAGAUCGGAGCUAAGGUUUUUGGAUCUGAUGUCGUCUUCUCCGGCGAUGGCUACAUCUGCGGGUACGGCGACGUCGUACUGGUGCUACAACUGCAGCCGCUUCGUUAGGGUUUGGCCCCAGGACGCCAUCGUGUGCCCCGACUGCGACGGCGGCUUCCUCGAGGAGGUCGAGGCCCCGCUCCGCCUCUCCUCGGCCGCCGAGCACCGGCGCCGCCGCAGGUUCCCGCUCGACGCCAUGUACAUGCUCAACGGCGACGACCCCGACGCUCCUCGGCCCCACCACAACGCCCCCGACCUCAGGCUCCGCCGCAGCCGCCGCGCUUCCGGGGGGCACCGCUCGCCCUUCAACCCCGUCAUCGUCCUCCGCGGUCCCUCCGACGGCGCCGGGGCCGGGGGCGGGCGCGACGCGGAUCGAGGCGCCGGGAACAGCUUCGAGCUGUACUACGACGACGGGGCGGGUUCGGGCCUUCGGCCCGUGCCGGAGAGCAUGUCGGAUUUCUUGAUGGGGUCGGGAUUCGAGCGGCUCCUCGACCAGCUCGCGCAGAUCGAGAUCAACGGGCUCGGCGCGGGGCGAGGGUGCGAGCACCCGCCCGCCUCGAAGGCGGCGAUCGAGUCGAUGCCCACGAUCGAGAUCUGCGCCGCCCACGUCGGGACGGACGCCCACUGCGCGGUGUGCAAGGAGGCCUUCGAGCUCGGGGCCGAGGCGCGGGAGAUGCCCUGCAAGCACAUCUACCACCAAGGCUGCAUCUUGCCUUGGCUGGCGCUCCGGAAUUCGUGCCCUGUGUGCCGCCACGAGAUGCCCUCCGAUGUGGGUCGGAGGGGUGGCGCGGCCGAUUCGGACGGUGGCGAUGAGCGGAACGAGGACGAGACCGUGGGGCUGACCAUUUGGAGGCUCCCGGGUGGCGGAUUCGCGGUGGGGAGGUUUUCGGGCGAGCGGAGAGCGGCGGGGAGGGAGCUUCCGGUCGUGUACACCGAAAUGGACGGUGGAUUCAGUAAUAGCGGUGCGCCGAGAAGGGUCUCGUGGACCUCCCGAGGGAGUCGGUCGAGGGAAAGGGGUGGAAUUGGGGGCCUUCUCCGGAAUUUCGUCGCUUGUUUCGGGCGCGUGCCCUCUUCUUCCUCCUCGGCUUCUGGGUUGAGAUCAGAAUCGUCGCGAAGGCUGUGGAUAGGUUCAGUUUUCAGCAGGAGUGCACGGAGAUUAAGUAGAGGUUGAGCAGUUGGAGAUUGUGAUUUCCAUUGCAACAAGAUGGUCAAGGAAAAUAAGCAGAAAAGAUCAUCUUUGAUGUUUGGAUUCUGUAUCAUUCGACAACAUUUAUUGUCCAUUUUGUUUUGUUUUGUUUUGUUUUUUUUAUUAUAAUGUUAGAAAGGAAGAAAGGAGGAUCUGUAAAAGAUGGAUCAAUAUUUUGUUCGCUUAUUAAGUUGUGUGUGUAAAUAGAAUAUAUCCAGAAAGGGGGUAAAAAAGCAGCGGCCUUUGCUGAUUUCAUUUGAGCAGGAACUUGCUAGAGCUUCUUAGUGCUGCUUAUGGUGAAUGAGGAAGCAGCUGUGAUUUAGAAUCAGCCUCUUGUUGUGUAGGAAGUUUUUCAGUUGGAGAUUCAUUCGAUUCUUUUCGUAUUGUGCUUA